AUGGCCGCCGCCGCGACUCUGGCGCUCCAGCCGCUCGACUCGCGGCACAUUGCCGUCCUCGACGACCUCGCGUUCGCAGUGGUGCGCGAUGUCUUUGCGCCCGGAGGAGACUUUCAGCGUAUCGUGCCCGGCGCACAGUUGCCGGCCAUGGUCAUGGACAAGGACCUGCGCACACGCUUGAGAGCGGACAGGGCCGAGUUCCGCGCGCGACUGGGUAGCCUCAUGGACGAGUACAUUGCUGCCAACCAGCCGGUAUCCGGCGACGUGCGCGACUGGCUCCUCGACGCAUGGACGGCCGCCGCGUUCAGCACGCAGAUCAACAUCCAGAUGGGUCCCAACGGCCACGUCGAGACGGUAGCGGCGCACAAGCUCCCUUAUGCGAAACCGCUAGACGGCAUCGAGGAUCUACUGGUCGACAUUGGCGACGAGUCCAACAUUGCGCUGCUCGGCUUUGAUAACAACUUUUGCGAGGUCAAGCGCGCCGACGACUGGCAGGUAUGGCUCGGGCCCAUCCGCUUGGUCAAGCUGGGAUGCAAGACCUGUGCCAACCUAAAGUGGCGCUGGAUUGCGCAAAAGGACCAGCUGAAGGGAAUAGACUCACAAGGCGUCAAGCCCCGUGGCGCCAUUGCCGCCGGCACAACCCUCUGGGGGGAGUUCUCAGAUACAAUGGAUCUUCAGUGCACAUGUGCUGCGGAUGCCAAGGCCGGUCUGCACGCCAGGAAGAAGCCUGGUCCCAAGCCCAAGGGAACCAAGGGCGACAACAACAGAAGAGCCUCGGGGAAGGGUGUCAAGCGGCCGUUGGAGGAGACACCACCCUCACGGCCAUCCAACAACAAGAAGCGCCGCGUGGCCUCGUCCUCGCGCAUUGUCUCGUCGUCACGCAAGGACUCGUCGUCAUACGAGCCCGAAUCGCGGUCUCCUUCUCCUGCGCGCCAGCCGCGAAACAGCCUCGUCGUCCCCGUCGUGGGACCGCUUCGACGCCGCCUUCCGUCCGAGACCCCCUCAGCACCGGGCCGCGAGUCGUCGGCGUCAGAGCUUACACCCUUUGUUUCCAGCCAGCUUUCGUCGCCCGCCCAGUCGUCCCCGCCAAGGCGCCCUCAAGAAGAUGGCGAGGUCAAGCCCGACUUGCAUUCCAGGUCUGAAGAGACACCAACCCCGACGUUCCCCGUGUCGGCUACUCUGAUGGUAUCCGCUCAGGUCGGCGGGCCAUCAAUGUUGGCCCCGACUCCUUCGUCGGCGCAACUGCCCACACCGGGACCGGACCAGUCGGAAGCGGCGGCCACCACGUCGGUUGGCGUCGGUACCGCCUCGACGUCGACGCCGUCGCACAGCCGCGGCGUUGCCACGCAUUCGACUCCUACCGCUAGUCGCGGUGUCGGCACUGUGACGCCGACGCGUCCAGAGUACGCGAGCGUUGGCGUGGCGGCCACUGCAUCGCCGUCGAAUGCGGGCCGCCAAGUCGGACACGAGACCGAGGCGAUGCCAGAGAAACCCGAGCCAGGCAAGACGGAAACGAUCGCGGAUGGCAGCACCAACACGACGCGCAACCGACCGCAGGAGGCCAAAGCCAUUCUCCACGCGUACAGCCGCAUCGAUGAGCUUGUCGCUCAAGUGGCCGCGGCCGACAGAGCGCUGGAGAAGAAGGACAUGGAGAUUUCGCGCCUCAAGGCCGAGUCUCGCAACGAAGUGGAGAGCCUGAGACGCCGCGUGGAGCAGCAAGACGCGGUCAUUCGGGAGGAUCGCAAGCGGUGGGAUGAGGACAGGCGCGGGUGGGAGGUUGCGAUGCGAGACCUGCGCGAUGAGCUGGGACGGUCGAAACACGAAUAUACCGAAAAGCUCUUCAUCCAGCGCGAACAGCACCGCCAAGAACAGCGAGACGGGUGGAACGCUGCCCGCGAGGCGCUCGUCAAGGACCACCGGGAGGCGAUGGACGAGAUGCACCGUCUGUUUUCCGCCAAGAUGGACGAUGACGCUCUGAAGUAUACCGGCACGAUUGAGCGUCUCGAAUCCGAGUUGCGCCACACAAAGGAGGACUAUCGCAGACUCGCAGACUCUGUCCACCGGGACCACUAUGGAAACGGGAACGGUGAUCCCAAUGGGUACUACCACCCCACUGGGACGUCCACGCCCAACCAUAACCGCCCUGUUCGGCCACAGCUGUCGGAUCUCCUGCACCCCAGCGGCCACAACACGCCGCCCGUCCACUCACGGCCCGUAACUGGUACGACCGUCCCCGAAUCCGCACCUCGCCACAUCCCGCGCGCAGCCCCGGCCCCAGCCCCUGCCCCAGCGCAACAACCUUCCAACAGCUUCUGGCGCGUCAGUACCAGCAGCAGCGGUACGAGCAGCAGCUCGAGCCAAGGUCAAAGCCAUGGCCCCGGCCCCAGCCAUACCCCGACGCAGACCCAGUUCUCGAUUGGCGGGCAGUGCUACGCCGCUGCUGCGCCAGAGUACGACGACCCCCGCAUGCGCGACGACCAGCACCGCCGACACAGCUACAGCCACCACGACAUGCAUGCGCACGCGCACCACGGGCCGCGCUCGCCGCCGCCGCAGCAGCCGUCCCGCGCGCAUGCUCACGCUUACGCCCAAGGCCGUCACCACCACUACCAGUAG